CCGAUCUUGAUUCACUCUCCUGUGUUCCCUCGUUGCGAUGGUGACAAUACAAGUGUCAGGUGUUCUCCAACACCUGCCACAGCGAGUGUCGAGUGAUCAUUAAACACCUACGAAGGCCAUGAAAUCAUCCUCUGUAUGAAUUUCACUACACAUUGGAAAGGUCAAGUUCAACUAGUCUUCGUGGAACUUAGAGUGAAGGAGAACUUAAGAAAGCCAUGUACGGGGCGGGUGUGGCAGGAGCUGCGGGUGUGGGCGGGGCGGUGCCCUGGGCAGCAGUUGACGCUCGCUCCAAUGCUGCCCAAAACAGAUAUCUGCACAUUAAUUCCUCCCUGUUCGACGAGACGGGUCAUCUGGAGGCACUCCGCCAGCAGCGACGUAAAAUAGCGAUGGAGGACCUGAAGCAACAACAAGCGGCUCGGGUGAUAGCCAAGCAAUUGGAGAAGGCAGAGGAACAGCGGAUCGACGCCGCUAUGGGUGUCCCGGGCAACUAUGAUCCUUCCUUCGCGAACCCGGCCGCUGCCAGACGCGAUCCAGGUGAGACUACCGGUAUCACGAACCCGACCGCUUCCAGACGCGAUCCAGGUGAGACUACCGGUCCCUUCCUUCACGGACCCAGCUGCUUCCAGGUGAGACCACCGAUCCCUUCACGCACCCGGCCGCUUCCAGACGCGAUCCAGGUGAGACUACCGGUAUCACGAACCCGACCGCUUCCAGACACGAUCCAGGUGAGACUACCGAUCCCUUCCUUCACGAACCCGGCUGCUUCCAGGUGAGACCACCGAUCCCUUCCUUCACGAACCCAGCUGCUUCCAGGUGAGACCACCGAUCCCUUCCUUCACGAACCCAGCUGCUUCCAGGUGAGACCACCGAUCCCUUCCUUCACGAACCCAGCUGCUUCCAGGUGAGACCACCGAUCCCUUCCUUCACGAACCCGGCCGCUUCCAGAUGCUAUCCAGAUGAGGCAAGAGACACCUUCCAUCCGUCCUUCGCGAACCCGGCCGACUCCAGACGCGCCUCAGAUGAAACCACUUUCGACCUUUUCGGUGCUAUACUCGGCUAUACCUUCCCGGUCAGAGGCGUCACAAGAUUAACCAGAUAAGAAAAAAAUUUAAACCCGUUGAAAAAAAUAAAUAAGGCGUGCAUCUAUAUUCCAAAGGUGAUGAAGGAAAACCUAGAGGUGCGCGACAGAUGUGGAAAACAAGUAGUUUGAAGA